UCUCUCUCUCUCUCUCUCUCUCUCUCUCUCUUAAUCUCUGAUACAGACCAGCGAUGGAUAUCUUUAAUGGCUUUCUCAGUGUGAUUAUGCAUGUUUUGAUUGCUGUGUUCUUAUUAAUCUAUCUCCCCGUCUCCUGGAUUUGGAGACUAAUAAUAUUCGUCUUCUUCAAGCCCUUUUACAAAGAAGAUGUUGGAGGAAAGGUGAUUCUGAUAACGGGGGCUUCUUCCGGCAUUGGAGAGGAACUGGCUUACCAAUACGCAACCAAAGGAGCUUCUCUAGUUCUUGUAGCUAGGAGAGAGCAAGCUCUAAAGGAAGUUGCCAUUGCUGCUUUGGGGAAAGGUUCACCAGAUGUAUUAGUGAUCAAAGCAGACAUUUCUAUACAGUCAGAAUGCAAGAGGGUCAUUGAAGAAGCCAUUGCUCACUUUACCAAAUUGAAUCAUCUAGUCCUUAAUGCUGGGCUUGUUUCCAGUUCUCUCUUUGACGAGAUCACUAACAUAUCUGCUUUCAACAGAAUUAUGGAUAUAAAUUUCUGGGGUGCAGUUUAUACAACUUAUUACGCUAUUCCACACCUGAAGAAUAGUCGGGGCAAUAUUAUUGUCACAACUUCAAUAGCUGGACGUGUUCCUCCUGCAAGAAUGAGCUUUUACAACGCAAGCAAAGCUGCAUUAAUUAGAUUCUAUGAAACACUACGAGCAGAAUUGGGAUCAGACAUUCGAAUCACUAUACUGACACCUGGAUUUAUAGCUUCAGAGCUUACAAAGGGGAAAUUUCUUCAAAAAGGAGGUGAAAUUGCAGUAAAUGAAGAGAUUAGAGAUGUUCAGAUUGGAUUUUUCCCAGUUGGGUGCACAGAUAAAUUUGCAGAAAUUGUUGUAGAAAGUGCGUGUAGAGGUGAUGAGUAUGUGACUUGGCCAUCUUGGUACCAACCUCUUCAUGCACUUAUGUUCUUUGCUCCUGAGAUAAUCAACUGGUAUUCAAGACUAUUAUAUGUUACUAAACCAGGUGCAGAUUCAAGUAAGGCACUUAGUAGAAAAAUCUUAGAGGCUACAGGGGCAAAGAAAUUUUUAUAUCCAACUUCCAUCAGAUCAUCCACCAUUAAGAUGGAUAGCACCGAGUAAUUAUUGUCAUGUAAGCUAUUCGAGAAAUUAAAGAGCGUUGGGCUUUGUUUGGGAUGACUUUCUUACUGCUUUAUAAAGUUGCUUUUUAGUACAAAA